AUGGCCACAAAGAACAGUAAGGACCCAGAGAAACCAAAUGGGAACGCCGCCGAGGACGAUAGGAGUCCAGUGGAGGAGGUGGCGUUGGUGGUGCCCGAAACCGAUGACCCAACUCUGCCAGUGAUGACCUUUCGUGCAUGGUUUCUUGGUUUGACAUCAUGCAUGCUCCUAAUCUUUCUCAACACUUUCUUCACCUACCGCACGCAACCACUCACCAUCUCUGCAAUCCUCAUGCAAAUCUCUGUCUUGCCCAUUGGCAAGUUCAUGGCCAGGACUCUGCCAACCAGGGAGUACAGUCUUCUGGGGCGGAGCUUUAGCCUCAAUCCUGGGCCUUUCAACAUGAAGGAGCAUGUCAUCAUCACCAUCUUCGCCAAUUGUGGGGUGUCUUUUGGUGGGGGUGAUGCUUACUCCAUUGGUGCCAUUACUGUCAUGAAGGCUUAUUAUAAACAGAGCUUGAAUUUUCUAUGUGGCCUCCUUAUCGUCUUGACUACUCAGAUUUUGGGGUAUGGAUGGGCUGGUAUGCUUCGGAGGUACCUGGUUGAUCCUGCAGAAAUGUGGUGGCCUUCAAACCUGGCUCAGGUUUCUCUAUUUAGAGCACUCCAUGAAAAGGACACAAACAAGAAAGGCUUGACUCGAAUGAAAUUUUUUCUUGUUGCACUUGUGGCAAGCUUUGCUUAUUAUUCUUUCCCUGGCUAUUUAUUCCCAGUCUUGACAUUCUUCUCAUGGGUGUGUUGGGUGUGGCCCCAUAGUAUCACAGCUCAGCAAAUCGGGUCUGGUUACCAUGGACUUGGCAUUGGUGCCUUCACCCUUGACUGGGCUGGGAUCUCAGCUUACCAUGGCAGUCCACUGGUUACACCCUGGUCCUCAAUUCUCAACGUGGGGAUUGGCUUUGUCAUGUUUAUCUACAUCAUUGUCCCUCUUUGUUAUUGGAAGUUUGACACUUUUGAUGCUCGCAAAUUCCCAAUAUUCUCGAAUCAGCUGUUUACUUCCAGUGGGCAUAAAUAUGAUACAACUAAGAUUUUGACACCAGAGUAUGAUCUAAAUAUUUCUGCUUAUAACAGUUAUGGGAAACUCUAUCUUAGCCCUCUUUUUGCCCUAUCUAUCGGAUCAGGAUUUGCAAGAUUCACAGCAACCCUCGCUCAUGUGGCAUUGUUUCAUGGCAGUGAUAUUCUGAAGCAGAGCCGAUCAGCAAUGAAGAAUGUGAAGCUGGACAUCCAUGCAAGGCUGAUGAAAAGAUACAAACAAGUGCCUGAAUGGUGGUUUUUCAUUUUAUUGAUCGGAAGUAUUGCUCUAUCACUCUUGAUGUCUUUUGUAUAUAAGGAGGAGGUACAGCUGCCAUGGUGGGGUAUGCUCUUUGCGUUUGGCCUGGCUUGGAUUGUCACCCUUCCUAUUGGAGUCAUUCAAGCAACUACCAACCAGCAACCGGGAUAUGACAUUAUAGCCCAGUUCAUAAUUGGUUAUGUAUUACCUGGAAAGCCCAUUGCCAACCUGCUUUUCAAGAUUUAUGGGCGCAUCAGCACUAUUCAUGCUCUUUCUUUCUUAUCUGAUCUUAAACUCGGGCACUACAUGAAAAUCCCUCCACGCUGCAUGUACACAGCUCAGCUUGUGGGAACUCUAGUUGCAGGUACUGUCAACCUUGCAGUUGCAUGGUGGAUGUUAGAUAGCAUUGACAACAUCUGUGAUGUAGAAGGAAAGCAUCCUGAAAGCCCAUGGACUUGUCCUAAAUAUCGAGUCACCUUUGAUGCUUCUGUUAUCUGGGGUCUAAUUGGACCAAAGAGACUUUUCGGACCAGGAGGGCUGUACCGCAACUUAGUAUGGUUGUUCCUCAUUGGAGCGGUGUUGCCUGUUCCUGUCUGGGUACUAAGCAAGAUCUUCCCUGAAAAGAAAUGGAUUCCCUUGAUUAACAUACCAGUUAUAUCAUAUGGUUUUGCCGGAAUGCCACCUGCAACUCCCACCAACAUUGCAAGCUGGCUCAUUACUGGAACCAUUUUCAACUAUUUCGUGUUUAGGUACCACAAGCGCUGGUGGCAGAAAUAUAACUACGUUCUAUCUGCAGCAUUAGAUGCUGGAACUGCCUUCAUGGGUGUUUUACUGUUCUUCGCUUUGCAAAAUGAGGGCCAUAACGUGAAAUGGUGGGGCACUGAGGUUGAUCAUUGUCGUCUGGCAUCAUGUCCUACAGCACCGGGUAUCACAGUUGAAGGAUGUCCGGUUUUUAAAUAGACGUGAAAGUCAAAGAAGAAAUGGUUUAAAAAUUUUGAGACUACCACAUAGCUGUUACAGACAAAAUUUUUAUGACCAUUGAUGUACAUGCUUUUCUCCUCAUUGAAGAGGAGGUAAUGCUUUUCUUUUAUGCCUGAUAGCAGAAAUUUGCUUUUUCUUCACAUGGCUUGUUACUAGCAUCUCUUGGCUGUUGCAAGAUGAAUAAGAAGCUAUCCCUGCUGCCUCCGGGUGACUCGCAUAA